ACAGUACAAUACAAAAAGAGAGCACAUGUCAAAUCCCAUCAUUUAAAAAUGAAAAUUAAUAAAAAUAAGAAGAAGAUAAAACGAAAAACACUAGCAAAAUAAUCAAUUCAGUACGAAUUCUUGCAGUGCUUCAUCGUUUGUGCAAGUUAGCAAGAACGUCUGGUGCCAUUAAUACAACUAUCACUUGUAUUCUCAGGCGUCAGCGCAAGCACUAUUUUACGUAUUUCUUUUCUUGAUAUAUGAAAGUCAUUUGGAUUGGCGGGCCUUAGGCUUGGAGGCUGGACUUUGCUGCAAUUUUCUCAGUAUUCUCUAACUUUCACCUACCAAGUCAACAGGCCCAUCAUUCCCAGAAUUCUCAUCUUAAUUGAGGAAAAACAUGGGAGCGCUGUGUUCAAAGCAGACUCAAAAACCAAAUCCUUAUGCGGUCAGAAGCACAGGCCAGGAGAAACAAUACCAGCAGAGGCAGCAGGUGCAGAAAGAGAUCAGUAAGGUUGUGAUGACCGUAGAAGAGUCUGUGGAGAAUCAUAUGGUAGGUAAAGAAUCCCCAAGAGUGUCUGUGGAGAAGCAAAUGGUAGCUAAAGAAUCACCAAGAUUGUCGGCCCGGUAUGAAAAUGCCAGUGAUGAUGAGUUUUACGAUGGGAUUCCGCGGUACAACAAGAGUUCAUACCAGAAGUCUAGAUCAUUGAGGGGCACUAAGGUUUCAGAAGUAGGCUCUCUUUUAAGCAGAGCCGGUAGUGCUGGACUUGAAAGGGCAGCAGAAGUUCUGGACACACUUGGGGCUACUGUAACAGGUGGAUUUAUUUCAGGAGCAACAACCAAAAACAGUGAACUUUCCAUUCUAGCAUUUGAGGUUGCGAAUACAAUUGUUAAAGGUUCAAAUCUUAUGCAAUCACUCUCAAAGCGAAGCAUAAGACAGUUAAAAGAAGUGGUGCUUCCUGCAGAAGGUGUUCAACAAUUAAUAUCAAAAGACAUGGAUGAACUUUUAAGGAUUGUUGCAGCAGACAAAAGGGAGGAGCUGAAAAUCUUUUCAGGAGAAGUAGUCCGCUUUGGGAAUCGAUGUAAAGAUCCUCAGUGGCACAACUUGGACCGCUUCUUUGAGAAACGUAGCAGAGAUCGUACCCCUCAGAAGCAAUUGAGGGAAACAGCAGAGUCAGUGAUGCAGCAACUGAUGACUUCAGUUCAACUUACAGCUGAGCUAUACCAGGAGCUGCAUGUACUGGACAGAGUUGAACAAGAUUAUCAGCUUAAGCGUCUCGAAGUGCUUAGAUUCAAUGCUGGCCAAAGAGGAGACAGGGACAACAGACUAAAUAUUUUGGCUGCGGAAUUGAAAAGCCAAAGGAAACAAGUCAAAAACUUAAAGAAAAAAUCAUUGUGGUCCAGAAGUAUGGAAGAGGUUAUGGAGAAGCUUGUGGACAUUGUGUUGUUUCUAAAUCAGGACAUAAACAUUACCUUUGGCAGUCCAGCGGAAGGUGACAAGCCAGAAGAACAAAUCAUCAGGAGUCAGCAAAAGCUGGGGCCAGCCGGACUUGCACUACAUUAUGCUAAUAUCAUUCUGCAGAUUGAUGCAAUUGUAGCCCGUUCAAGUCCUGUGCCUUCAAGCUCCAGAGAUACAUUGUAUCAGAGCUUGCCGCCAAAUGUGAAAGAUUCUUUACGAUCAAAACUGCAGUCUUUCCAUGUUGGGAAGGAGCUCUCUGUGACUGAAAUCAAAGAUGAGAUGGAAAAGACAUUGCAUUGGUUUGUUCCUAUUGCCACAAACACCGCUAAGGCCUAUUGAUGUUAUGCAAAUUGAGACACUUCAUCAUGCAAACAAGCAGAAGACAGAAGCUUACAUAGUUGAUAUGCUGUUGUGGCUUAAUUAUUUGGUUAGCCGUUCCAAGGCCAGCGCCAAGGGAGGAGGCCCUGUAAGGCCAUCCAUCAGAUCGCCUGUUCAUCCAUCCACCAAUGUAGCUGAUGAGCAGCCCAUUACAAAUGGCCCCUCGCCAACUCCGAGCCAUGCAGAUCAGGAGUUGCUGCAGAGCUUGAACUGCAAGAGCGAGGGCCAAGAAACGACCAAUGCAUGCAACUCAGGUCCUGAAGAAAGCAAUGCAGCAAAGCUUGAGGGUAAUGAAUUGGAAGCACGCAUGUCUGGGAACACGUUUGCUCGUCUUGGACUCGGCGAUGAGAAAUCGUUGGACGUGAUUGAUAGAGUUUAGAAAUGCAUGCAUCGACUGUAUUCUUGUGCUUUAUAUACACACGGAAUUGGAUCAUGAUGUAUAUGUAAGGGUGGAUGAAAGUGAGGGAUCUUGAUGUGUAUAGGCGAUGAUAUGUCUGUAAAAUUGAAGGAAUAGCGAAGGUUUCUCGUGUUUUAUUUUUAGUUUUAAGAGAUCUUCUUUCCGAAUUCUCAAUCUCGUUCUAUGAACUGACAAUGGUAAAA